AUGGCCGCAGAUGCGUCGGAAAGGAAGGCUCUGAGAUACCAACAGACCCUGCUGUAUGGGGAAUACCGUGAGCACCCGGGUGGGUCUGGCCGGAGAGAGGCCACCCGACUUCUAACAGAGAGACAAUGGAAGAAACACCACCACCACCACCAUCACCAUGGCCACCAUCCACAGCAUCACCGUGGCCACCAUCACCACGGGCACCACCAUGGCCACCACCACGGUCACACACAUGGACACGGGCACCACAGCAGGCACAGGGGUCGGCAUCACUCAGACGAGGUGGGACAUGUACAAAUGGCUACAGAGCAAGGCAACCCUUUGUCUAUAAAGAAACGUCGCUCCUACUCAAAGUGCAGAGACUGUGUAGCACGGGUACAGAGGUUCCUGGUCACCAAGCUGGGAGAGGACUGGAUUUUUCUGGUGCUGCUGGGCAUCUCAAUGGCGCUGGUCAGCUGGACCAUGGACUACACCAGUGCCAAAAGUCUACAAUUGUAUAAGUGGAUUCACUGGGAGCUGAGGGGUAAUGUCCUGCUCCAGUACCUGGCUUGGGUCAGCUAUCCCAUGGCGCUCAUCAUGUUCGCCUCCUUCUUCUGCCACCUGGUCGCCCCACAAGCCAUCGGCUCUGGUAUUCCUGAGCUGAAGACCAUUCUCAGAGGGGUAGUGUUGAAGGAGUAUCUGACCGUCAGGGCUUUUACUGCCAAGGUCAUUGGUCUGACUGCAGGUCUGGGCAGUGGGAUGCCAGUAGGGAAAGAGGGCCCAUUUGUUCAUAUCGCCAGCAUUUGUGCUGCUGUGCUGAGCAAGUGUAUGACGUUCUUCUCAGGAGUCCAUCAGAGCCCAUACUGCUACACAGACAUCCUUACAGUUGGCUGUGCGGUUGGGGUGGGUUGCUGUUUCGGUACCCCUCUUGGAGGGGUGCUGUUCAGCAUCGAGGUGACGUCCACUUACUUUGCCGUGAGGAACUACUGGAGAGGCUAUUUCGCCGCCACCUUCAGUGCGUUCAUAUUCAGAGUGCUCUCUGUGUUCAACAAAGACGCAGUCACCAUCACUGCUCUCUUCCGCACCAAGUUCCGCAUGGACUUCCCCUUUGACCUCCAGGAGCUGCCUGCAUUUGCCAUCAUCGGGAUCUCCUGCGGCUUCCUGGGGGCCUUCUUCGUCUGGCUGAACCGCCAGGUGGUGCUGUUCAUGAGGAAACCCAACGCCAUGACACGCUUCCUCACCAGACACCGACUGAUUUUCCCCGGUGUUGUGACCUUAGUGAUAGCCAGCUUGACCUUUCCCCCUGGAUUUGGACAGUUCAUGGCUGGAGAGCUAAUGCCCAGAGAAUGCAUCAACUCCCUGUUCGACAACUUCACCUGGACCAAAAUCUGGGGCUCCCCCCCUCCCCCCGGCCUGGGGCGCUCCUCUGCCUGGCUGCACCCCGACGUCAGCGUCUUUGUCAUCCUCCUCCUCUUCUUCAUCAUGAAGUUUUGGAUGUCUGCUGUUUCGACGACGAUGCCCAUCCCUUCUGGAGCCUUCAUGCCUGUCUUCAUACUCGGAGCCUCUUUUGGGCGGCUCGUGGGGGAGAUCAUGGCUGCCCUCUUCCCCGAUGGGAUUCUGUUUGAUGGAAUCUUGUACCGCAUCAUCCCAGGAGGGUACGCAGUCAUUGGAGCGGCGGCACUGACCGGGGCGGUGACCCACACGGUGUCCACGGCGGUUAUCUGCUUUGAGCUGACGGGCCAGAUCUCCCACAUCCUGCCCAUGAUGGUGGCCGUGAUCCUGGCUAACAUGGUGGCCCAGGGCCUGCAGCCCUCGCUCUACGACUCCAUCAUCCAGAUCAAGAAACUGCCUUACCUCCCUGAGCUGGGCUUUGGACACAUCAGCCAGUAUAACAUCUUUGUGGAGGACAUCAUGGUUAGGAAAGUGAAGUUUCUCUCAUUACAGUCCACCUACAGGGAGUUGAUACACCUCCUGGAUUCCACUUCUCUCAAAACGAUACCACUAGUGGAUUCAACAGACUCUAUGAUCCUUUUGGGCUCCAUCGAGCGGUCAGAGCUCCACGCUCUCUGUGAUUGGUGGCUCUCUGCAGAGAGGCGGAUCCUCAGGCAGGAACAGCGUUUGCAGGAACAGAACCAGUAUGCCAAAGACAGCUGGGAAUCCUUUGCCUUUGUGGAUGAAGAUGACGAGGAGAGUGGAGAUAAGAGUACCCCAGUUCAGGAAGAGAGCAAUGGCCCCCUGCCAUCUCCUAAACCACAGGAGCCCUUGUCCAAUCACACAGCUCCUGAAAAGAGCCAUCUUCAGUCUGUUAGGAGAACUCUACGGAAUAUCUUCACCUCUCGAGACAGACAGGCAGAGGGACAGUCACAGGAGCAUUGCGCCAACCCUCUCCUGUCCGAUACGAUGACACCAGAAGAGAUCAAAGAAUGGGAGGAGGCUGAGAUGGACAAGCCAAUGGAAAUUGAUCAGAUCCGAAUAGAUCCCUCCCCUUUCCAGCUAGUGGAGAGGACAUCAUUACACAAGACCCACACUCUCUUCUCAUUACUGGGCCUGAGUCAUGCCUAUGUCACCAGUAUCGGAAAACUGGUGGGUGUUGUUGCACUUAAAGAGCUGCAAAAGGCCAUCGAGGGCUCCACCCGUAGCGGGGUCCGGCUACGUCCCCCUCUGGCCAGCUUCAGCAACACCAGUCGAAAGUCAUCCAAACCCCAGGCAACCUCCGCUCCCUCCUCCCCGACCACCCCCUCCUCCCCUCUCUCCCAGGCUCCCAUCUUCCCCCAUGCCACUGCCCCGCCACCUCCCCCGACACAGGAGGAGAUGGAGGUGUGGAUCGAGGGCACGAGGCGGGAGGUGGCAGAGGUGAACAGCAGCAGUAGUAGUAGCCUCAGCGGAACGGGGAGCAGCAGUAGCAACAGUAGCCCCUCACUACCCCACUCCUUGCCCCUCUCCAUCCCCCUCACCUCGCCCCUCUCCAUGCCCCUCACCGUUGCCCUCUCCAUCCCCCUCGCCGCCUUCUCCUCUCCCCUCACCGCCCUCCGGCCUGUCGCAAAGCAGCAAGUGGAGGAGGAGAGUGAAGAUGAGCAGCCCAUCUAGCCUUAUAGACGAGUGAUGUUUUUUUAUAACGUUUUUUUUUUUUAUGGUGUGAAUUUCUCUUCUAGUCUUUCUCUAUCCCUCCAUCUUCUCUCUCUCCCUAUUGCCCUUUCCCUCUUUCGCUCUCUCGCUGUUCCUUCUCGCACCCUCUUUCUUCACUCGAUGAAUGAUGUCUAUGAAUGCACGAGGAGAAAUCAUCUGGGCUCGAUAGUAGUACUUGACUUUUUAAGAUUAGAGUUGGUGUCAUUGGUUUUUAAACAGGAGACGAUGGCUACCAGUGGUGCUCCAAGAGCUAAAAAAUCAACAAGGCCCCAAAACGACCUUUACUAAACCCAUCCUCACCUUGGGAGGGAGUUUUAUGAUCACCAUGCUGGGUUGAUAGAUGACAGUGUUAAAUCAGACUGACGACAGCCAACUCAGAUGUAAUGAUGCUAGAGGUUUUUUACUUAAUGAUGCCAUGACUCCAGCUGAACAACCGCCAUCCUCCUCUGUAAUUGAGAUGAAUCGCUCACUUGAUGAUAACGCAAAACAAACAUAUACUGAUGACAUUAUUAUGACACUUGGUGACUUUUACGUUGGUGACUUUUCCUGCCUCCCAAAAAAAGCUGGGUUGUGUUCAUUAGGCACCAGAUGGAGAUAAACGGACUGAAACAGGGGGGACUACCUCGACCUUGGCCAAUAAGAAAGGCUCAUUUUCGUUUUACACUGCGAAACAUUGUAAAACAUUACCCUUUGCAUGCCCUAAUAAACAAAACCCUAAUGUUCUUCUGACACAAAUCAAAUCAUAUUUUAUUGGCCGCAUAGACAUAUUUAGCAGUUGGUAUUGCGGGUGUAGCGAAAUGUGUGUUCGUAGCUCCAACAGUGCAGUAGUAUCU